UCAACAUCAUCAUCAUCAUCAUCAUCAUCAUCAUCAACAACAUCGAGACCGCCAUCCUGACCCUAGCCUGCUCCUGUCUCGGUGUCUGGUUCUCCCCCGCCAAUGGAACCUUCACACCAGAUGAGCUGGCCAAACAGAUAGAGGACAGUGCAGCAAAGGCUGUGUUCACAGCUGAUGUCCUGGCCCCAGUGGCGACAGCAGCAUUAGCUGACACUGCCAAAACAGGUUGUGUUAAGGAUCGCUUUGUGUUUGGCGAGAGUCCUGGCUUCCGUCCUUUCUCCUCCUUGAUCUCCGAGGGAAGUGGAUCCUUGCCGGAUGUGACCUUCAACCUCAAAGAUGACGUGUUUGCCCUGCCGUACUCUAGCGGCACCACUGGCUUGCCGAAGGGUGUCAUGCUCACACAUUCCAACAUUGUCAGCAACAUCUGCCAGAUUGAUGCUGCAGAACAUAUUGGCCGGGGAGACCCCACUCUCGGACUGCUGCCAUUCAGUCACAUCUAUGGAAUGACUGUCGUCUUGUUCGGAACUCUGAGUCAGGGUGCAAAACUGGUCACCCUUCCAAAGUUUGAUCCAGAGGCUUUUCUCAAAUGUUUGCAGAUGAAGCAGAUCAGGAUCGCUCCCCUUGUUCCUCCCUUGAUAUUGUUCCUCGCAAAGCACCCGGUGGUGUCCAAGUUUGACUUGACCUCCAUCCAGUCUGUCUUCAGUGCUGCGGCCUGCCUGGGUGCCGAGCUGACAGACGAGUUCCUCCACAGACAUAAUCACGGCUGUAGAGUUCUGCAAGGCUACGGGCUCACUGAAACGUCGCCCGCCAUCAACACGGAUACUGUUGGGAUAUCCGGAUCCGUGGGAUGUCUGGUCCCAAACACAAUUGGAAAGAUUCUUGAUGUGGAGACUGGACUGCCAUUGGGCCCCGGGCAGGAGGGAGAGUACUGCAUGAAGGGUCCUCAGAUCAUGAAAGGCUACCACAAGAACGAGGAGGCGACCCGGGGGAUGAUAGAUGAGGACGGCUGGCUUCACACAGGUGACAUCGGCCACUUCACUGAGAAAGGUGUCCUCUACAUCAGCGAGAGGCUCAAGGAACUCAUCAAGUACAAAGGUCACCAGGAAAAGUCAGCCCUGCCAAAAGACUCCGAGGAGGUGUUGAGUUUGUCAACGAGAUCCCCAAAAACCCGAGUGGAAAGAUCCUGCGGAGAGUGUUAAGAGCUCAGUUAUCAAAAUGAGUACAGCGCGAACACUACGGUACCUCAGAUAGGUGGAAAUAGAAUUCCUAAUUUCCACAGUUGUAAUGCUUUGUUGAAAUAUUUGUGCCUUCAUUGAAACUUAUACAAUCGUACACGUUUUAGUCGUAAAGUUCCUACCUUUAGUUUUACAUAAUGUAUUCAGAAUUUUUGUGCGGUGAUUUUUGGGGGGUUUUACGCCCCCUCUCAGUGACAGAUGUGGAUGAUUUGCGUGUCUAUGAAAUUGUGAAGAAUGAACACAGAAUUUACUAAUUAUCUUUCCUGUGACGGUAUGUUGAGGUUGUUACGCUUCUUAGUUCUUGGAUGUGAUUUAUCUUUCUGCUCAGAGCUAUAGUUUCAUUCUUAUUUUUCCCAUUUGCUCAAGAAUUCAUAGGGUUUUGUUGGGGUUUUUUUUUUUGGGGGGGGGGGGGUUUAACUAUGAUCUUUUUAUGUUUUUGUUAUAGUCUAUGUAGGUGGAACAGAAUAUUUUAGUUCUUCCUGUCCCCAUCACUUCAGAAGACAGAAGGGCAUUAUUCAUGGUUGUGAAAUUAAGCUAUUCAGUCGUAUCUUGAUUAUUUUAGACAAAAGUUCUAUUUAUUCCCUAUUGCGAAAUGAAGCUCUUCAGUCGUAUCUUGAUUACUUUUAACAAAAGUUUUAUUUAUCCCUUGUUAUGACAUGAAGCUCUUCAGACAAAAGUUUUAUUUAUUCCCUGUUGUGAAAUGAAACUCUUCAGUCGUAUCUUGAUUAGUUUGUACAAAAGUUUUAUUUAUUCCUUGUUAUGAUAUGAAGCUAUUCAGUCGUAUCUUAAUUAUUUUAGACAAAAGUUUUAUUUAUUCAAACAUAUAAAAGAUGUACUCCCCCGUACAUGUCAGUUCAGUCAAAAAAGACAAUGAGUGAACAGAAUGUGACGUGUACACCUACAUUGUCAUUGAAAGGAAACACUCAGCGGAAGAAGGGGCUGAAGAAGAAGAAAAGGAAGUGAUGCAAAAAUCAAGAAAUAGUCGUGUUUGUCUUCCUUUUUUGAAAAAGAACAUGAACAACGUGCCAUCAAAUUGACAUUUUGGGCUCAAUUGUAAAUUCCUCUUUGUAUAUCGUAACGUUCUGAGGUUAAGAAGCUGAUGGAUGAUGUCUGAACGUUGUUACCAGUUUGCUUGUGCGUCAGUGGUGUAGUGAUUGUUGGAGGUACUGUCGGCCUGUUUGUUGACUCAGGUUGUGAAUUAUGACGAACGCUGAGCCGAGAAGUUUUAAUUGUUAUAUUGCAAAAACUUCUAAUUUCUUUUUAUGGAAAAAAUAUGUAUGUAAAUAAUUUGUUUAUUUUUAUAUUUCCAGGCCAUAUAAUUUCCUUUUGCUUUGUAAAUUUUCGCCUUCUGAUUUACCUAGAUUGCUGCGUUAUAAAUGUUUGUGUCUGAAUGAUAAGCCUGGUGAGUGCGCUUUACUUUUCACUUCUGUCUUGCCUGUUAUUUCCUGACUUUGCAAGGGUUCAAUACUUCUUGCUAUUGUCUGAGCCAGUUGUGUAUCUGCUUGACCAACCUCAGCCCCAUGUUUCCUGUAGGCUACUGCUGUCAGAUAUUUUACCAUGCUGCUGUUCUGCUGAGAAACACCCCAGUCAGUGUCUGAUGAUGACCAGUGCAUUUGCAGGGGAGAAUAUUUCUUGACACUUUGCGGUCACUAGGCGUAAUAAUGCACAGGAGAAAAUUAUCUGUUCCCUUCACCUGGCGCAGUUCUGUGUCAGGCCCAAGAAGUCGGUUGUAAUCGCUCUCCUGGCUGGGUGAGUAGAUGGGCUACUUUGUGCUGCUGGCUGUGUGACUGAAAAGUGUUAAAGAGAAAUAGAAAAAGCAAUGAGGAUGAAGAUGACCUGUAGCUUUUGCUGUGGCCAAUGAGACCAAUUCCAUCUGAGAAGAGUUUCCCAUAUUUUGAGUGUAUAAAAGCUUUAUUACCUCUUGUGGAUGUGCACAGCUUGCUAGCUUCUCUCUUGGUUCCAGUUUCUGCCCUUAAUGAAAUACAUAUUGCCUUCCAACUAGAUCUGUAAGAAGCUAGGCUCUCCCGUGUCUUGAGAUCAAUUUGUGGAAGUUCAAAAAGUUGAAAAGUUGUCCAGCCUAGGGUUAUAAUCAAACACGACUUUUCAUCGUGAGAAAGUUUACGAGCAAAUUCUUGAACUUUCCAAUAUCCCACCAGAUCUCUUCUCUGUGUCAUUACUAUGCUUAUAAUGGGCUGUAUUAUUGUUUCUUUUCUAUAAUUCACUCUCGCUGUCUGCUUCAUCCAGGACUAUUGUUUUCACUGACCGACAUUAUAAAAGUGGCCUUAGAAUAUUUAAUUUGAGUGUGGUUGAACAAGCUGAGGUGUUUCUCUCUCGUAUUAUGUUCACUUCAUGUGAGUUAUGAUUGCGGGUUGCUUAGUAGCACAUCUUGUAUGGACUCCCGAGCAUAAAUGUUGAUGUUUAUGUUAUCAUGGUAACUAUUGAGAUUGUUACUAGAGUGAAGCUGGAAUUUUCUGAGGCUUGUAUCAGAAAUAGAAAUUGUUAUAUAUAUUGUAUACAAAGAUGUUUUCCUAUUACAAAAAUUCCAUUGUCUCAGAAA